GUUGUAAGAUACUCCAGUCAAGUUUAUUUUGAUCAGCUGUAAAAGUAGUGGUGUGAGUUUAUUCCUUAAGCACGUGGAUUAUUUGUCGAUUUUAGAUUCGUAUUAAUAAAUAUGGGGAAGUUUAAACGAGCAAAACCAUCCGAAAUAAGCAUGAAAUCUACAUUAGAGGAAGAUAUCCAGAAUGCGCAAUACGCCAAACAAAAAAACAGAAACAAAGUGAGACCCAGGCAGGAGGAAGAGGAGUAUGUGAGUUCAAGCUUAUCGAAGAAAAUUUUAUCAGCCGCUAGAAAGCAAAAGCAAGAACUUGAAGGGCAAGAUGAUGAGCAGCAACAUAAAUCAUUAAGAGCGCACAAAUGGCUAGAAGAUUUAAAUCCUGAUGGACUUGAAAGCGAUGAAGAGCUUGAUUCGCAACCGACCGAUACAUUUUACGAGGAUGUACAAGUAAAUGAAGACGACGAAAAGGCUAUGCAGCUGUUUAUGAGUAAAAAUCCAGUCCCACAACGAACAUUAGCUGAUAUAAUAUUGGAAAAAAUUACAGAAAGGCAAACCGAAUUAGAUACACAGUUUAGUGAUGCUGGAGAGAUCCAAAUUCAAAACGUCGAUCCAAAAUUGACGACCUUGUAUGAAGGAGUUCGAGACGUUUUAAAGAUUUAUCGAAGUGGAAAAUUGCCUAAAGCUUUUAAAAUUAUACCAACGCUGCUAAAUUGGGAACAAAUGUUGUACAUAACAGAACCCCAAUGCUGGUCUGCUGCUGCAAUGUAUCAAGGAACCAGAAUUUUCACAUCAAAUUUAAAAGAAACUUUGGCACAGCGAUUUUUCACCCUUGUUCUUCUGCCACGUGUACGAGAUGAUAUCGCGGAAUACAAGCGCUUAAACUUUCAUCUAUAUCAAGCAGUAAGAAAAGCCUUGUACAAGCCUGGAGCAUUUAUGAAAGGAAUUAUUUUACCCCUUCUUGAAUCGGGAAAUUGCAGCUUGCGCGAGGCCAUUAUUAUCGGUUCGAUAGUAGCUAGAAGUUCUAUUCCGAUGCUACAUUCUUCAGUUGCUAUGCUGAAAAUUGCAGAUAUGGACUAUACAGGAGCUAAUUCAAUAUUCCUUAGAAUAUUUUUGGAUAAAAAAUAUGCUCUUCCGUAUCGAGUAGUAGAUGGAUUAGUUUCUCAUUUCAUGAGGUUUGCUAUGGAUUCCCGCGAACUCCCUGUUCUGUGGCACCAGGCAUAUUUAACUUUUGUACAGAGAUACAAGGCAGAUAUUUCAACAGAACAAAGGGAACUUCUACUCGAUCUAUUAGAAAAACAUAAUCAUUACUUAAUAACCCCAGAAAUUAGAAGGGAACUGGUGAAUGCCAAAUGCCGAGAUGCUGAGGAUGCAACCCCGCCAAUGGAUUUUGAAGAUUGUGAUUGAGGUCUGAUUCAAGCAAAAUACAUGCGUCCAUGUAACUUUUUUAUUUAAAAAAUAUGAAAUAUUUAAUAAAAUAUGGAAUCCA